AUUUCUUGGAGCCAUGGCGGAGAAGUUAAAAAAUACCAAAGCUAAAAGUGAAAAUUCCCAUAGAAGAACAAAUCAGUAGACGUUUAGACGUGGUCGUGUUCAAAGGUGUUUACAGUGCAAAAUUCUGUUCUUAUACUCGAUUGAAAUCAGACAACUACAACUGAAAAUCAAUAAAUAAAUAAAAUAAUUGUUCCAUACAAGUUGUGAAAACUCAAUUUUAACUAUUAUGAAGUGUUUAGUGUGGCUCACGACCAUUAUUGGUCUGGUCUUAUUGAUGUCAUCAUCGUUGGCCCCUGGCGCUGAAGCCAAGAAACCUAAAAAGUAUAUUGGCGAAAAUGGCGGUGAUUUUGAAUUUAUCGAUGAGGUUAAUAAAAAUUCUCAAAUGAUUUCGAAGAAUGCCUUAUCAGGUGGUGGUGGUGGUGGCAUAGGCAGCAACUCCGGCAUGAAUGGUGAACGCAAACGAUGGAUACAUGAUCCCACAAGUGAUCUUUGCCGUCCAUUGAGUUGUAAGAAACGUGAAAUUUGCCUGCUGGAGAAUGAGUACAGCGCCGUUUGUGUAUCGAAAAAGGAACUACAUAAAAAUCGUGAUGAAAUUAUCACAAAGUCCAAAUAUUUGGAAGAGCAAGCGAAGCGUAGAGCGGCAGCAUUAGCCGCGGCUAAUCACAAUGACAACCUCCAUAUCAAUGACAACCUUAAUAGCAACAACAUCAUGAAUAGCAACAACAUCAACAGCAACAACAACGAUGACGAUGAUGAUGACAAUGAAGACGACGAAGACGAUGUGGACAUUAGUAAUGGCGAUGAUAACAACGUCGAUCUUAUCUCGCCCAACGAUGACAAGAAUUACAACAACGGCUAUCCCGGCAGUAAUGCCAAUAUGGCCAAUUCCAAAACAAACUCCAUCAAGGGUAGUGGCAAAAAUUCCAAUAGCAACAACAUGCCCAACUUGGGCAAUAUCAACACAAAUGACGAGACAGAAUCCAAGGAAGAUGAUGUCUUCUACGAAAGCAAUGCCGGUUUGGAUAACAAGGCAAACACCGAUGACGAGGAGGACGAAGACAAUUGCAAGCCGUGUCCCGUAGUAAAACCCACAUUCCUUUGUGGCAACGACAAUAGAACGUAUUCAUCGUUAUGCAGAUUGGAUUAUCACAAUUGCAUUCAUGCAACAUCCGUAAGGGUUGCCUGCAAAGGAUUCUGUCCCUGCAAGGAUAACAUCAAUGAGAAACGUUUGCAGCGUUUAAGUGAAAGACAGAAUGCCUUUAAUGUCAAAUACAAGAAGACCAUGGAACAGCAGCAGGAAAAGCAACAACAACAAUACAAGGAGAACAGCAACAAUAACAUCAUAAGCAGCAGCAACAACAAUGAAUUCAAUACCAUCAUGGAUGAUAAGGAUGAUAACAAUCGUCAUUACAAUCACAUCAAUUCUCAAUUCACUUUCACGCCAGAGGAGAUCAAAUAUGACAACAAACAUUACAAAUAUCUCAAGUACACCGCUUACAAAAAGGACAAUCAGCAAUAUCAGGAGGACAAACAUAAAAUCCGGGGCUACAAUGAGGUCAUCGAGAAGCCACAGAAGUAUCAAAAGAACAACAACAUCAACAAUGGUUAUCCCUCCAAAUCGCCCGAAUGCAAACCCCAACAAUUGACUGCCAUCGGUAAUCGCCUCUUGGAUUGGUUCUCUGUCAUCAUGGCCGACAGCAAGAAGCGACGCCAGCAUAGCCAGAAAUCGAAAGCCCACUUCCCACCUGCAUGCAAGACCGAAGCGAAAUGGAUGUUUGGUCAUUUGGAUCUGAACAACGAUGGCUAUCUGUCGCUGCAGGAAAUGUACGAUUUGGAGCAUGAUCAAAAUGAGCGCUGCAUUAAGCCCUUCAUCGAUACCUGCGACUUGGAUCAGGAUAAUUCGAUAAAUACACGCGAAUGGUGCCGUUGCUUUGAGAAGACAGAUCGUCCUUGUGCUGCGGUACGACGAAGAAUCGCUGGCGAUUUUGCAGGUGAGAUAGGAGCCUAUGCACCGGAUUGCGAUGUCCAAGGUUUCUAUAAGCCCACCCAAUGUCACAACUCUGUAGGCGUUUGCUGGUGUGUGGAUAAACAUGGUGUGGAAUUUGCCAACACUCGCACCCGAGGCAAACCAAAUUGUGAAUCGGUGGUCAAUAAUGCCUCAUCCCUAACGUCCGAUGAUGAAGAUGAAGAGGCCGAUGAUGAGGAUAGUGCGGAAGGCAGUGCCGAUCAAAUAAUGGUAUUUUAAAUUAUGGAAAACAAAAACUCAACCAAAAGCCCAUAACAAAACUCCUCCCCCCAAAAAAAAACAAAAAAGAAGAAAAAGUCCCCCUCAAAAAAAAAAAUUAAAAUAAUAACAAUUAACGAACUUAUAUAUAAAACAACACAAAAACAAAUAAAACAAAAGCUUCAUUCCAUAAACAAACUAACAGUAACAAAAGAAAAACUAAAAAGAAAAUCUAGUUAAAGAAGAAAACAAACUGAGAAAAAUAUAUAAGUUUGUGUUUUUCAUUUGAGCAAGUACUUGCAAGCGAAGAAAUUCAAAGCAAAGAGAGAACGAAAAAUCUCCAUAAAAGAAGUAACCAACAGAGAGAGAAAAAAGUACACAUUAAAAAUUCAUUAAGCCCCCACCCCAACCAAAGAAAUGGAAAAGCAAGGAAACGGACAUAAGGCGGCUGAACCAAUUAAACACAGCAGCAAAGUGGAAAUGCAACUAAUUUCAUGUAAUUGGAUUAAGACAAAGAUGCUGCAGGAGCAUGGCAUUGGCCGCCAUGAUAUGGAGUCAACUGCUUUGAAAAACAAUUCCAUUUAAAAUGGGCUUGCAUUUGUGUGAAAUACUUCUCCAUCAUCCCCACUUGAUUUUCUUCUUUGCUAAAUAGGUUGUAGGAAAUCUAUUUUAAGUUUUUGUCAUCAUUCCUAGAACACAAAAUAAGCUUCAGCUUUUAUUGGCAUUUCGACAGUAACAAAGAAAGAAACAAACAAAAAUAAUACAAAAUAAAUACUCAGUAUGGAAAACUCUAAACAAAAAUGUUUUAUUUUUUUGCAUUAAACUGACCACAAACAACACUAUUACUGUAAUCUAAACCACUUUUAAGUUCAAGCAACAACAACUUUCUUCACAAGAAAACAGAAUAAUAUUCCGCCCAUUGAUAAAAACAAAUGAAACUUUAACGAAAUAAAUCAAGCAUAUUAAUACAUGGUGUAAUAAGUUUUUGCUUUCUUUCUUUUUCUUCAACAAUACACGGAAUUAUUCUUUCUUUCUUUUUUUUUUUUUUUGAAAUACAAUAUCUUGAAA